GGCUGCUUGGGGCAGCGGGGGCGCUGCCGGCUCCGAGCCGGCUCAGGGCUGGUUCUGUUCGCGUUCCUCUGUCGCUCCGAGCCGGCUCCGGGCUGGUUCUGUUCGCGUUCCUGUGUCGCUCCGAGCCGGCUCGGUGCCCGCUCCAUGCGGGAUCUGCCGGCUCCGGGAUGAGCCCCUGGCAGCAGCGGGCGCCCAACGCCAGCGCGGCCGUGGGGCCGGGCCCGCGGGGGAACGGCACGGGCCGGGCGGCCGAGCGCGGCAGCGCCGUGUCCGUGGCCAUCCCGCUCACCAUGAUGCUGACGGGCGUCGUGGGCAAUGCCCUGGCCAUGCUGCUCGUGUCCCGCAGCUACCGCGCCAAGGGCAGCCGCAGGAAGCGCUCGUUCCUGCUGUGCAUCGGCUCCCUGGCGCUCACCGACAUGCUGGGCCAGCUGCUCACCAGCCCCAUCGUCAUCUCCGUCUACCUGUCGGGCCGGCCCUGGGCCACCAUGGACCCCUCGGGCCGCCUCUGCGACUUCUUCGGCUUCAGCAUGACGGUGUUCGGGCUGUGCCCGCUGCUGAUCGCCAGCGCCAUGGCCGUGGAGCGGGCUCUGGCCAUCCGCGCCCCGCACUGGUACGCGAGCCACAUGAGCCCGCGGGCCACCGAGCGCGGCCUGCUCGCCAUCUGGGCCGCCGGCGUGGCCCUGGCGCUGCUGCCGCUGGCCGGGCUGGGCCGCUACGCCCUGCAGUGGCCCGGCACCUGGUGCUUCAUCAGCACCGCCGGCGGCAGCGCCUUCGCCGCCGCCUUCGCCGCGCUGGGGCUGCUGUCGCUCGUGGUCACCGGCACCUGUAACCUGGCCACCAUCGCGGCGCUGGUGGCUCGCUGCCGGGCCAAGGCCGGCUCACGCUGGGGUCGCAUCGCCACCGAGACGCUGCUGCAGCUGCUGGGCAUCAUGUGCGUGCUGUCCGCAUGCUGGUCACCGCUGCUGAUCACCAUGCUGAGGAUGAUCUCGGAGCACACGGCUGGGCCCUGCCGGGCCGGCUCCGGGGAGCCCCGGCGCUGGGAGCCGCGCCAGGAGUGCGACCUGUCCCUGACCGCCGUGCGCCUGGCCUCCCUCAACCAGAUCCUGGACCCCUGGGUGUACCUGCUGCUGCGCAAGAUCCUGCUCAGAAAGCUCUGCCAGGCAGCCAGCGCCGUGUCCAAGUGCUCCAGCACCGAGUGCCGGGACAGGGACAGGGACAGGGACAGAUCUGUCUCCCUGCCCGAGGAGAUCCGCCGGACCGCGGCCUGAGGGUGUUCCCUGCGGGGAAACCCUCCUGGGAGCCUGCUGACCCCUCACGGUGUCACUGCCAGAGCCAGAGCGCCAAAUUCUUCCUGUGGGUGCCACAAGUGCUGGGAUACAGCAGGACACGACCCUCUGCAGCCAUGGCUGAGCUGCACAGCGAGAGGAGGACAUGUCCUCAUCCAUGGUCACUGCACAGCGAGAGGAGGACACGUCCUCAUCCAUGGUCACUGCAGAAUGGGAGAACACAUCCUCAUCCAUGGUCACUGCAGAACGGGAGGAGAACAUGUCCUCAUCCAUGGUCACUGCACAGCGAGAGGAGGACAUGUCCUCAUCCAUGGUCACUGCACAGCGAGAGGAGAACAUGUCCUCAUCCAUGGUCACUGCAGAACAGGAGGAGAACAUGUCCUCAUCCAUGGUCACUGCAGAACGGGAGGAGAACACGUCCUCAUCCAUGGUCAGUGCACAGCAGGAGGAGAACAUGUCCUCAUCCAUGGUCACUGCAGAACAGGAGGAGAACAUGUCCUCAUCCAUGGUCACUGCACAACAAGAGGAGGAUGUUCCACAGUCACUGCAGAACAGGGUGAGGACAUUCCAUGGUCACUGCACAGCAGGAGAAGGACAUUCCAUGGUUCCUGCACAACAGAGUGAGGACAUUCCAUGGUUCCUGCACAGCAGGAGAAGGACAUUCCAUGGUUCCUGCACAACAGAGUGAGGACAUUCCAUGGUUCCUGCACAGCAGGAGAAGGACAUUCCAUGGUUCCUGCACAACAGGAGAAGGACAUUCCAUGGUCACUGCACAGCAGGAGAAGGACAUUCCAUGGUUCCUGCAGAACAGGGUGAGGACGUUCCAUGGCCACUGCAGAACAGGAGGAGAACAUGUCCUCAUCCAUGGUCACUGCACAACAGGAGAAGGACAUUCCAUGGUCGCUGCACAACGGGAUGAGAACGUUCCAUGGUUGCUGCCACUCGCGGCUGAGAUGCACAGAGGAAGGUUCUGUGAGCCUGAAGUAGAGCCUGAGGGAGCUUCUCGUGCUUUAAGGUGGAAAAAAUUGUUUUCCUGACAGCCAGCAGAUUCUCCAGAUGGAAUUACUGAAGGGAGAUACUCCCUUAAAUACUACUGAGAGUAUUUAAUACUAAAAUUACCUCCUUCAGAGAGUCCUUCCUCCUUUUUGCUGGAGGUGCAGAAAGAGAAAGGGAGAAAAAACACAGGAAUAAGGAAAAAAAGUUAAAUUUGGUUGGAUUUCAGUGUCUUAAAACUGAGCAGGGGCUGUGGCAGUGAUGGAACAUCCAUCUCUUCCAAGGACUGAAGGCAGCAGGAGUCUCCUGACUCCUGAUAAACACUGAUGCGUGUUUUGUUCAGGCAGCUGAAGGGAGCUUGAGGAGGGUGCAGCACCAGGGCAAGGGGAGAAAUCCCUGAUUUUUCCCUGGCUGCCUGUGGAAUGUGCAGGGAGGCUGGAAUUGCUGCUUGAGGGGGGCAGAUGAAGAGGAGGAGAGGCAGAGGCAGAGCCACUGCUCCCACAGGAGCUGCUUUCCUGGGAAGUGCCGUGUCCAUGAGCAGCAAAUGCUGUGGGAGGAACGGGGCUGGCACUUGGGGGCUGCAGAGAGCCCAGAGCAGCAUCCCAAAGAGUUCAGCUCUUCCUCCAGGAACACAAACGUGGCAGCUCUGGGAGUUUUUAAACUGCAGCAGACUGGAAGCAGUGGGUGGAAGUGUGUGAAUUUGUCAGGUCUUUUCCCAAAGAAACUUCCAUGGUUUAGUUACAAACUCAGUUCCAAUCCAUUGGUGCCACAUCUGAGGAUUGUUUUUUUAAAAAGCUGAGUCUUAAGGCAUUUUCUUCACCCUUUUGGGGCUGACAGCCUCUCAUGUCUCCUGUUUUGUGGCCUUUGGGGUGAAAUCAAGUGCAAAUACAAUAAAAUACAGCUGAUAUUCCAUGUGCCAGGUGCUGUGGAAUUCAGGGGUCUUACAGGCAAAUGAAGUCCUGCAUCUGUGAGGAAUUUCUUUACUUACAAAACCUUUACUUUUUUUAAUUUGUUUAUAAAAGUAAUUCCUCAGCAAAGAAUCUGUGCCUUCACUUUUGUCCUGCAUUGUCUGAUUCUUGUCCACAUAAAUCUGAUUUUAUCCAGGUGAUGUCUGAGUCCAGCCUAAAAGCCAAGGUUUGGCUUUAAUUGAAGACCCAGCCUAAAUUUAAUGGAUUAAAUGCCUUUUCCAGUUUGAGUUGCUGGACCCUGCUCUGUGCUGAGCUACUCCUGGUGUAACAACUACAGGUUCAUCAGUGCUUCAGGGGAAAAAUGCUUUAAAAAGUGCCUUGCAGGAGUCAGACUGCGUUGUUGGGAUUAUUUGGGGCUGGAAAAAGCCUCUUGUGUGCAGAGAAUCCCUUCUGUUCCCUCUGUGUACUUUUCCUUUGGGAAAGAGCUCAGCAGAGCCGCUGGCUUGUGAAAUAUGUCGGGAUGACCUCAGCUGCCUGGAUCAGCCCUGGCCAGCACAUUCCUGGCUCCCAGAUUGUCUGGAGUCACGGCUGGGAUGGAGGGAAGGGAGAGGGAACCCACGCCUGUUAUCCCCCCUUUAUGGGAAAAGCAGGGUGCUGUGCCUCCUGAGCGUGGAAAUCUGGGGAUGGGACACUGGGAAGGGCCCUGCAGCAGAUUGAGCUGAUUCCUGAUGUCAGGGUGGGUUCACUGCACUCACAUGAAACUGCUUUUGUCACCAAUAGUCAGUGCUGGGAUGGGCACUUCUGUCCCUCUGGGGGGUAAAAUGAAGGAGCUGCUUCAUCCCAAUGGGAAGGGAUGGGAGUUUCAUCCAGAG